CAUAUGCUAGAUGAUGACUUAUUAUGUGACAUCACAUUUGUGGCGGGGGGAGACAAACAGGAAGUGAGGUGUCACCGGUUCAUGCUAGCAAGCCGCUCACCGGUGUUCUUUACCAUGUUCUGUGGCUCACUCCCGGAAGCCGCCGUCGUGGAAAUAGCGGAUGUGGAUGCUGACGUACUAAGAAUGGUCAUCAGGUUUAUUUAUACAAGAGAAAUAAAGCUCAUGCCCGAUUCUGUCAUGGCCACAAUGUAUGCCGCCAAGAAAUAUGACAUACAGCCAUUGGUGAACCUGUGUAAGACGUUUCUUAGAAAGAACAUUGCUGUUGAUAAUGUCUGUAUCAUCCUUGAACAAGCUUUAAUGUUCGAGGAAACAAACUUGAUACAGCUAUGUCUGUCCUUCAUAUCAAAAAACGUAAACCGAGUUUUCUAUUCGGACACAUUCUUAAGCAUGUCUUCGGAAGCUCUAAAGCUGGUUCUUGAGAAAUUACAAGAGACGACAAAACUACCAGCCGAGCAGGUGUACGCCUUUUGCAAGAGAUGGGCAGAACAUGCGUGUUAUACUCUAAAAAAAGAGAUGACUGACCAGGCUCUUAGACAAACUCUUGGUGAUCUUAUAUUUCUGGUUGAUUUUGAAAGUAUGACAUUUGAAUCGUUUAUGGACAACGUUGGUCAGGAUAACAUUUUGUCCGACGAAGAAAAGGUCAAGUGCCUGACAGUCAUAAGAAAGCGGCAGAAGAAAGAAGGAAAUUCCAGACUUGUAUUUAUUGAAAGAAGUAAUGAGUUUAAACGUUGUGAUAGGGAAAACCACAACGGAGUAAGCUUUAGAACUUCAAAAGAGGUGAUGCUUUCUAUAAUAAAUGUCUACCUGCCUAUUCGAAAAUGUAAAUUAAGUGACCGGUUGGAAGUCCUAGAGGAGCAGACUGUCGUGCUCACUCAGAAUCUUAUCUGUAACGAAACGUACAAAUGCAUUCAUCUUGUCAAUGAAGUUAGCAUUCACCCUGGUGUUAUAUAUUCUAUGCGCCUGAGGCUAACCGGUGGAUGCACCGCUAACAUGUACUUCGAAAAUAUAUACCAAGAGACGAAGGAGGAUAAUGGUGUUGAGGUAGAGCUUAUGGGGAUCUGUGUCGAUAACUCAGAUAAUGAAAUCGAUCUAAAUGGUGCUCAGUUAUUGGGUCUUACUUUCAACACAAUUUAA